CCUCUGCAGGCGUCCACCUCCGCUCGUCGGCCUCGCCCACGGAAUCGCAAAAUUCCCCAUUCCUCCCCACCCAUUCUAUAAAACUCCGCCACCAAAUCUCACACCACAUCUCGCUCCUCUCGCCGCUCACCACCACCACCGCUCCCCCGUUCCGGAUCGCCGCCGCCGCAGCAGCUCGGGAGGAGGAGACGAGAGAUCCAGACAGCGCGCGCCAUGGCGAACAUCGACAUGGCGGCGAUCCUGGCGGACCUGGAGCGCGGCGGGCCCGACGCGCGGGUGCCCAAGACCAAGCUCGUCUGCACGCUCGGCCCGGCCUCCCGCGCCGUGCCCAUGCUCGAGAAGCUGCUCCGCGCCGGCAUGAACGUCGCGCGCUUCAACUUCUCCCACGGCACCCACGAGUACCACCAGGAGACGCUCGACAACCUCCGCCAGGCCAUGCACAACACCGGCAUCCUCUGCGCCGUCAUGCUCGACACCAAGGGUCCUGAGAUCCGUACUGGAUUUUUGAAGGACGGUAAACCAAUUAAGCUAACCAAGGGUCAAGAACUCACUGUCACCACUGAUUAUGAUAUCAAGGGUGAUGAGAAUAUGAUCUCUAUGAGUUACAAGAAACUACCUGUAGAUGUGAAACCUGGAAAUGUCAUACUAUGUGCAGAUGGUACUAUCUCUUUGACUGUCCUAUCUUGCGAUCCUGAUUCUGGAACUGUGAGAUGUAGGUGUGAGAACACUGCAAUGCUCGGCGAAAGAAAGAACUGCAAUUUGCCAGGCAUUGUUGUUGAUCUUCCUACACUGACUGAGAAGGAUAAAGAGGACAUUUUGGGAUGGGGCGUUCCAAACGAUAUUGAUAUGAUUGCUCUAUCCUUUGUUCGUAAAGGAUCAGAUUUGGUGACUGUCAGGCAGCUUCUUGGGCAGCAUGCCAAGCGCAUUAAGUUGAUGUCAAAGGUUGAAAACCAAGAGGGUGUUGUAAAUUUUGAUGAGAUCUUGAGGGAGACUGAUGCGUUUAUGGUUGCUAGAGGUGAUCUGGGAAUGGAGAUUCCAGUUGAGAAGAUUUUCCUUGCUCAGAAGAUGAUGAUCUACAAGUGCAACAUUGCUGGCAAACCUGUGGUUACUGCUACCCAGAUGCUUGAGUCUAUGAUCAAAUCUCCAAGGCCAACUCGUGCUGAGGCCACUGAUGUUGCAAAUGCUGUUCUUGAUGGGACUGACUGUGUCAUGCUCAGUGGUGAGAGUGCUGCUGGAGCAUACCCUGAGCUGGCUGUGAAGAUCAUGGCCCGUAUCUGCAUUGAGGCAGAAUCUUCCCUGGACCAUGAUGGUGUUUUCAAGGCAAUGAUCAGGUCUGCACCCCUUCCAAUGAGCCCACUCGAGUCUCUUGCAUCAUCUGCUGUGCGAACUGCCAACGUGGCCAAGGCUGCACUGAUCGUCGUCUUGACUCGCGGUGGCACCACGGCCAAGCUUGUCGCAAAGUACCGUCCCAGGGUUCCAAUCCUCUCCGUGGUUGUCCCUGUGCUGACUACUGAUUCCUUCGACUGGACCAUCAGCUCCGAGGGCCCGGCGAGGUACAGCCUGAUCUACAGAGGCCUCAUCCCUCUCCUUGCCGAGGGCUCUGCCAAGGCUACAGAUUCAGAGUCGACAGAGGUGUUCCUGGAGGCUGCGCUGAAGUCUGCAGUACAGAAGCAGCUGUGCAAGCCUGGUGACUCCAUCGUGGCUCUUCACCGAAUCGGCGUGGCGUCUGUAAUCAAGAUCUGCAUCGUGAAGUGAUCAUCAGAGUCGAUUACUUGAAUCCCAGGGUUCUCGAGUUCUCAUCUCUGGGGUUCAUGGAACAAAACUUCUACACCUGUUUUUACUACUGCAUCUCCUGGAGACAAUUAAUUACCCUGGAAGCCUGCUGUGCGCAGGAUGUUUUUGUUUGCAUAGUUUUUGAAAGAGCUGGUAAAUGAGGAGGGAGAGGACUCCAUUAUGUAGUGGUAAUAAGAUUUGUUGGUAUCUACGUUUAAAAAGCGUUUCUCAUGAACAUGAUGGAACGUGCCAUGGAUUCGCGUUGCAUGUUCAGCACGAACAUUGUGCAGCUGGUAAACGAGUUGUUUGAAUUAGUGAGCUUUCAGAAUA